CCACAUCAAGAUCCCACACCCCCUACAAAAUGCCACCACUUGCAUCAAACUGGGACAUCUCCUAUCCCCAAAUUAAAAUAGAACCCUAAAACCAAACCCACAGAAUCUGAUUACCCAUCAAUCUAUGAUUCACCAUUUUCUUCGGAAAUCCCAAUAGGAUUCCCCUUUACCAGUCCCACAAAACACGCUUUAUCACACAGAGACCAACAUACAUAGUUAAUUUGGGUCUUCUAGGAGUACGAUCUGUCUUUCUGAGACAACCUCAGCAAUCAAUCAUGCCGUCAGGCGCUAAGAGGAGAAAGGCCGCCAAGAAAAAGAAGGAGAACGAGACCCUUAACCUAACCAACCCUCAAGGAGAUGAAGGGAAAUCGAGGGAUGAAAAAGGAAGUGAUAGUGGUCAGGUUGGCUCUAAACAUCAAGCUAAAGAAUGGAGACCAGUGGCUAAAGAUAAGUCUGUAGAUGGAGAUUCUAGUGAUGCAGAGGCUGUACGGAAAGAUGGUGUUGUUAGAAUUGAGAGGGACUCGAAGGAGGGUCCCAAGAGCAAUAAGAGUGCCGGGUCUGGAAAGGAAUCAAGUAAAGCUUCGAGCAGUAGCAGUAGCUGUAGCAGUAGUAGUUCAGACGAUGAGUCUCAUGUUGUUGACAGGAGAGGGAAGGAGAAGAGUGAUGCUAGUGUUUCAGAGGUAAAACCUGCUACUGUCUCAGAGACAAAACCUGCUAGUGUUUCAGAGGAAAAACCUGCUAGUGUUUCAGAGGAAAAAUCUGCUAAUGUUUCAGAGGAAAUACCUUCUAGUGAUCUAGUUACAUCUGUUGAUUCUUUACUAGCAGAAGUGACUCACUCUGCUGGAGAUGCACCAGCUAAGAAGCCUACAAGUUUAGAUGCAGAGAAGACCCUGUCAUUUGGUUCUGAUAAGCCUGUAACUUCUGAGCCCGAGAUGACGGUUCACCUUACAGAAACUACUCAAGUUGACGGUCUAGUGAUCUCUGGUACAGUGGUAAAACCGUCGCUGAAUAAUGGUUCAGAGAAAUUGUUGCCUACUGGGGAUCCAGAAAGUUUGACAGAUUCUUUACCAGAAAAAAUCGAGAGUAUGGUGACUCCUAUGCCAAUUGAGAAUGGCAAAGCAUCUCCAAGUGCGGCGGAAUCUGUAUCUAAAGAAAAUGGGAGUAAAGUAUCGCCAUCAUUAGAUGUUUCUCCCUCUCAAACUAGUAAUGAUGCUGGAUCCAUUAAAGAGUCCAAUCCUCCAGAGUAUUCUGAAAGCCAGCCUCUAGUAGCUCCUGCCCCACGAGUGGUGGAAAAAACUUCUUGGUUUGGUUGCUGUGGAAUUCUGGAUGUGGUAACAGGUUCAAGGAGAUAAAUUCAGGAUCCAAGCAUGACGGUUCAGUCAGACUCUUUGAAGCUUGUGAAGUGAAAAAUCGGGUCCGCAAAAUUUAUGAUACCUUAUAUGUCAGUAGAACUUCGAGUUUCUUCCCUCCCCCCACAAAAGAAUAAUGGGCAAGAGGCCUCCUUUGGUACAUCAUCUUAAAAGUUGUGGUUAUAGUUUGAGGAAUAGUAGGCAGCUGAAUAUAUACAGCUUUACAAACUUCAUAUCUUGUUUAAUUUUGCAGAAUAGUUUCUUUUGACAUUGUAGGGAAAUGAACGACCUUAAAAUUGCAAUUUUUAUUAGUAUGAAUAUUCUGGUGUCCUAGAUCAUUGAUCAUGGUUUUUUUUCCUAAAUAAUACUC